UCAGGCGAAAGCUCUCACUAUUCAGUUAUGCCGACAAACAUCUAAACCGCCAAUCACUCUCUCUGUCUCUGUCUCUGUCAAUCUCUCUCCCUCUCUCUAUAUACAUAACAUUCUCCAUCUUACAGAUGCGACUGGGAUUCGGAUCCAACACUCGAAGCAGAAAUGGCGGAGCAUAGCUUGCUGAGAUUUGCUUCUCUGAGCUUGAGCUUCUUCCUGUUGGUGAUUCAGCCUUAUGAAACAUUCGCUUCGAGCCGCGGGCGAUCCUUAGGCCUGACCGCCAAUAAUUUCAUCUUAGCCCCACCACCGACCGGAAUAUGCUCGGCGGCGGUGUCUGUUCAUGGUUACGAGUGCCAGGAAUACGAAGUGAGAACAGAUGAUGGAUACAUAUUAAGCGUGCAGAGAAUUCCAGGAGGCCGCCGAGGAAGUAAUGGGAAGAAGAAUAAGCAGCCUAUUCUCUUGCAACAUGGCGUCCUUGUGGAUGGAAUGACAUGGCUGCUGAAUUCUCCGGAUGAAUCUCUGGGCUUUAUCUUGGCUGACAGCGGCUUUGAUGUGUGGAUCGCCAAUACUCGAGGCACCCGAUUCAGCCGCAGACAUGCCACCCUUGAUCCUACCAACCCGGAUUUCUGGAAUUGGACAUGGGAUGAUUUGGUGGCAAGCGACCUACCAGCAGUUCUUGAUUUCGUGUUCAAACGAACAGGGCAAAAGAUUCACUAUGUUGGCCACUCCCUGGGAACUUUGAUAGCUCUGGCAUCCUUCUCGGAACGGAAGCAAGUAGACAAGGUGAAAUCAGCAGCAUUGCUGAGCCCGAUUGCUUACUUGAGUCAUAUGACUACUGCACUUGGAGUGGUUGCCGCCAAAGCCUUUGUGGGCGAGAUCACAACCCUAUUUGGCCUUGCAGAAUUCAAUCCAAAAGGACAGCCCGUGACCAACUUUCUCAAGGGCUUGUGUGCUCAGCCGGACGUCCACUGCUAUGACAUACUAACUUCACUUACUGGGAACAAUUGCUGUCUCAAUGCCUCUACAGUGGACCUCUUCGUGAAGAAUGAGCCUCAAUCUACAUCAACUAAGAACAUGGUGCAUUUGGCUCAAACCGUUCGAGAUGGCAUUCUGUCCAAAUACAACUAUGGAACUGCUACCUUCAACGGGCUGCAUUACGGCGAAUCAAAGCCCCCCAUUUACAAUCUCUCCAACAUCCCCCGCGACCUUCCCCUCUUCCUCAGCUAUGGCGGGCAAGAUGCUCUUUCUGAUGUUAGAGACGUGGAGACUUUGCAGGACGCUCUAAAGUUGCAUGAUCCAGCCAAGAUAAGCGUUCAGUACGUCAAGAACUAUGCUCACGCCGAUUUCAUAAUGGGGGUCACCGCCAAGGACAUCGUCUACAACCAAAUCGUUUCGUUUUUCAGACACCAUUCCUGAUCACUAUCGAUUAUCACCUUCACUCCAAUGUAUUGGCACAAAUUCUAACUUUAAUAAUGAAUCAGAAACAGGGUAAUUAGUUCUAUUUUCAUCUUGUUUCUAGUUAGGAAGAAUGAUCAGUAUAGGAAAAUUAAUAUUCAUUCUAAACAUUAAAGUUCCUUCUAGAGAGCUUAGGAUUUUCAUUCAAGUUUCCCAACCGACUACCAACUUUCUUGGUUCAAUAUUUCCAACCUACUCCGCAAUAUUUCCAAUCCCUGCUUAUCUGGGUUGAUGGUAAUGUUGGUUAGGCGGCAACAAGCCCUUAAAUACGUUAAUUUCAGGAACAAAUACUAAUUAUAUACGAGUGCUAUUGAAUGCAAGUCCACAAACAUUCACCCAACUCUUGUUGCUUCAUAAGCCUGGUUCUUGUGGAUUA